ACAAUGCCCUAUGCAAGAAUUAACAUGGCGUCUAUGGUGCUGUUUUGAUCAUACCGCAAUGGUUUUGAUCCGUGAAUGAAAACAACAAAAUACUGAGCAGGAAGAUUAACAGAAAUUAGACGUAUUUUAGAGCUAAAAUCUGCAUAUUACAGUAAGGCAUUGUAUAUUGUUUUUCAUGUUCUGGCGCUUUUGUCGUGUGUCAGUUUUAUAGGGUCGGGUGGCUAGUCAAACACUUGUCUAUAGAAAGGCUUACCAGCCGCUGGCCAGCUAGCGGAUAGAUGGUUAACUUGCUAGCUAACAAGCUAGCCAUUUAUCAGGUACUUCGAUUUACGAGUUGGCUAGUUAGCUACCGUUAGCAAAUACAAAACAUUUGUCAGGUAGCUAGCAAGUCUGCUCGAGCUGCACGGUAUUUAUUUGUCUAGCUGUUAUUUUAAAUGUCACUUUCCCCGUUUGUUUGCAUUUGCAGGGUGUCUCGCUAUGCGAGAAGGCCCUUGCAGGAUAUUGUGGGUUGGUUUCGUUUCAUAACAAACACAAGUGCUUCAGCCUAGGUUUUUCUCAGCUAGCCAACUAGCCACUCUCUUCGUUAUAUCGUAAUAAUGUAUAUUUGCAAUAAAAUUAGCAAGUUAUAUUACUACCCUUUAUGCAUUGGUCUAACUACUGUAACCAUAUAUGUUCCUAACUAGGAUGUAGUUGUUUUGAUCAGGCCUUUGGGGCUUCAUUGCAAGCUAAAUGUUUUGCCACUGGCUACUUUCUCAGUUCUUCCUAGCAGAUGUACAAUUAGUUCAAUAUGCUAUGUUUUGAUAGUAUUAAGUGUCUAUGAAUAGUUUAGGCUAUUGUUCUUUUAAGAUCAAUGUAGGUAAUGCCAAAAAUGUAUGACUUUCAUCUCUUCCGAUUUUCAUUGGACUAGCUGCCUCCCCAUCCUCAAUACAGAGUAGUAGUUAGUUUUCUUCAGCCCGGGUGAGGGAGAGGACUGGAUCGAGGCAUGGAGGAAUCAAAAAGCCCCCUAAAAUUAAUCAAGCCCUCUCGCAAUGAGGCCAGGGGAGCCACAGCUCCAUCCUCCACCAGCUCCAGGUCCCUGAAAGAGGCUCCAGCGACACAGAGAGAGGGGCCUGGCCCCAAGCCUGCCACUGCCUGCCGGAGCAAGGAGAACAUCACCACAGCCAGGGAGGACCAUAAGGACCAAGGCAGUAACCGUGGGACAGGCAGAGCCUCCACUGCCAGCCCUCAGGACCCAGGGAAGCCUCGCAGGCUGACUGGAAGGACCAGCUCUGGGGAGAGGAGGAAGGGGAUGGUGGGACUGGGAGGCCAGCAGCAGGCUGGGCAGGGGGGUGACGCUAGGGCCAUGGUGGCUACAGGCGGGAGCCCGGCUGGUGGAGGGAGAGACACAGGGGCAGGUACGGUGGCCACCUCAUCUGACGAUGUCCUUACUGCACAGACCAAGACCCCCAAGAUGGGGCCGUUGAAGGAGAAGUCACCUGGCGUGAAGGCCGGUGCUGUGUUGGAGACAGGGCAAUCUGCUGUGGAGGGGUCAGGGGUCAAUGAGGAGGGUCAUGGGAGGAACAUGACCUCUGAGCAGAAGCUGGGUCUCAGACAGGCUGAGGAUCGCCUUUACAGAGACUACAUACACAGACUGGUCAAGCCGUCUCCAGAGUACCCUAACUUCCAGUACCUAUGCAAGCUAUGUUCAAUACACAUAGAGAACGUACAGGGGGCACACAAACACAUCAAGGAAAAGAGACACAAGAAGAACAUCAUGGUGAGAGAAAAAGAGAAGCAGGAGGAGAAUGAGCUGCGUGCUCUGCCUGCCCCCUCCCCAGCCCAGCUCAGAGCCGUGGACGCAGCCGUCCUUCAGGUCACCCAACAACAUGGCAUCUCUGACCAGGACUUCCUGAUGCGAAAGGAAGUGGUCACCAGGAUGGAGAUCAUCAUCCAGCAGCACCUCUCAGUUUGCGCCCUCCGCCUGUACGGCUCCUGUCUCACCCGAUUUGCCUUCAAGACAAGUGACAUCAACAUUGACGUCACCUACCCCUCCACUAUGACUCAACCAGAUGUGCUGAUACAAGUACUGGAAAUCGUGAAGAACAGUGCUCAAUAUUCUGAGGUUGAGUCUGACUUUCACGCCAAAGUUCCGGUAGUGUUUUGCAGAGAUGUCAACAGUGGGUUGAUGUGCAAGGUGAGUGCAGGUAAUGAUGUGGCCUGCCUCACCACCAACCACCUGGCUGCCCUAGCUAGACUGGAACCCAGACUGGUGCCUCUGGUCCUGGCCUUCCGCCUCUGGGCUAAGUUGUGCCAUAUUGACUGCCAGGCAGAAGGGGGAAUCCCGUCCUACUCCUUCUCCCUCAUGGUCAUCUUCUUCCUCCAACAACGCAGAGAGCCCAUCCUUCCUGUCUACUUCGGCUACUGGAUCGAAGGCUUUGAUGUGAAGGCUGUGGAUGAGUACCAUCUGACGGGGAUAGAGAUGGAUAUAUUUGUGGGAUGGGAGCACCGGCCCCCCAGUACAGAGGGACGGGGGGAUGGCAGGGGGGAAGGAGGGAAGACCAAGCCUGAGCAGAAGAAACCUGCUGUGAAGAACCAGCAUGCAGAGGGAAUGACGCGCCUGGCCCUGGACCUGGGUAAAGGGGUGUCCCUGGGCCAGCUGUGGCUGGAGCUGCUUCGGUUCUACACUCUGGAGUUCGCCCUGGAGGAACGCAUCAUCAGCAUCCGCCUCAAAGAGCUCCUCUCCAGAGAGAUGAAGAACUGGCCCCGACGACGGCUGGCCAUCGAGGAUCCGUUUGCCCUGAAGAGGAAUGUUGCCCGCAGCCUGAACAGUCAGAUGGUCUUUGAGUAUGUCCAGGAGCGCUUUCGUACUGCCUACAAAUACUUUGCCUGCCCGCAGAGCAAGGACAGGGACACAGGAGGGCGCCAGAGAGGCAAGAAGACAUGCAAACAUGGCGACAUGAAACCAGAGGAAGGAGAUGGAGAAGAGGUGGCUGAGAAGAGUGGAGGUGGAGAGCACAAUGGGAAGGAAGGGAACAGUCUGAGCUCUGAGACAGGACAGAAGGAGGAGGGUGAAAGUGAUGAAGAGGAUGGAGCAGAGCGGGCAUUAAACGCUGGCCUUAUGGACUUGGUCCUCAGUGAGGGGGACAGUUCUACAGAUGGAACUGGAGCUGAGCCUGGCACUACCCUGGAGCAUUCCUCCGCCUCCCCCUCGCCCCAGAACGGCCUGCUGGACAGUGAGGAAGAGGAAGCUAAGCAUGUGUCUGAGAAGCAGGGACAUAUUGCACCAGAGGACCUGCAUUAUAUAUUUGACAGGAUGAUCUUCACAGGAGGAAAGCCUCCUACAGUCGUGUGCAGCAUCUGUAAGAGAGAUGGGCAUCUGAAGGACGAUUGUCCUGAGGACUUCAAGAAGAUCGAGCUCAAACCGCUGCCUCCCAUGACCGACCGCUUCAGAGACAUCCUGGAUGGCCUUUGUAGACUCUGCUACCAUGAGCUGUCCCCCUCUCUUGGAGAGCAGCAGAAGAGAGAGCAGGUCAUGGGUAGUCUGGAGAGGUUUAUACGAAAGGAAUACAAUGACAAGGCCCAGCUGUGUUUGUUUGGCUCCUCCAAGAACGGCUUUGGUUUCCGUGACAGUGACCUGGACAUCUGCAUGACCUUGGAGGGCCACGACACCGGAGAGAAGUUGAACUGCAAAGAGAUCAUCGAAGACCUAGCCAAGGUGCUAAAGAAACAUGCAGGUCUGAGGAACAUCCUGCCUAUUACAACAGCCAAAGUGCCUAUUGUGAAGUUUGAACACAGACCGAGCGGACUGGAGGCAGACAUCAGCCUCUACAAUACGCUGGCUCAACACAACACCAGAAUGCUGGCUACCUACGCGGCUCUAGACCCUCGCGUGCAGUUCCUGGGAUACACCAUGAAGGUGUUUGCAAAGCGCUGUGACAUAGGUGACGCGUCCAGAGGAAGUCUGUCGUCCUAUGCAUACAUCCUCAUGGUGCUCUACUUCCUGCAGCAGAGACAGCCCCCUGUCAUCCCUGUUCUCCAAGAGAUCUUUGACGGACAUACUGUACCACAGAGGAUGGUGGAUGGUUGGAAUGCCUUCUUCUGUGAUGACCUCGAGGAACUGCGUCGUCAUCUGCCAGAGCUGCAGCAAAACCGUGAGUCUGUGGGGGAGCUGUGGCUGGGCCUGCUCAGGUUCUACACCGAGGAGUUUGACUUUAAGGAGCAUGUCAUUAGCAUCCGCCAGAGGAAACGACUCACCACCUUCGAGAAGCAGUGGACCUCCAAGUGCAUCGCUAUUGAAGAUCCCUUUGACUUGAAUCACAAUCUUGGUGCUGGAGUUUCUCGCAAAAUGACUAACUUCAUCAUGAAGGCCUUCAUCAACGGCAGGAAGCUGUUUGGUACCCCCUUCUACCCCCAGCCUGGCUUGGAGGCGUACUACUUCUUUGACUCCAAGGUGCUAACGGACGGGGAGCUGGCACCUAAUGACAGGUGCUGUCGGGUCUGUGGCAAGAUCGGCCAUUACAUGAAGGACUGCCCCAAGAGACGCAGGUACACUGGGAGAGAACAUCAGGGGAUGAGGAAGAACGAGAAAGAGGAGGAUGUGAAGGAGGGAGACGAACAUGAGCCACGGGAGCGUCGCUGUUUCCAGUGUGGUGACAUGGGUCACGUACGGAGGGACUGCCAAGAGUACCGUCAUCUUAGACAGAGAGCCGCAGGGGGACUAGUUCCCCACAUGGUGCAAGCCAUGGUGAGCUCCCAGUCCAUCCCCAUCCCCCAGCCUCCACAGGACCGCCCCGGACGCACCAGACAACCCUCCGAAUGUUCUGAUUCCCACCAGACUCCGCCCUACUCCCCCCAGCCCAACCUGUUCUCCCAGGGUUCCAGCCAAUCCUCCAGCUCCCCCCAAUCCUCCUCCUCCUCCAAGACCUCCGCUGGAGUGGGACCCCCCAAGCAGUCCCAACAACCCCAGGUUCCCCUCUCUCUCUUCGGCUUCCCUCCCUCCCACCCGGGCCAGUACCACCACUCUGCAGCUCUCACUGCUCUGGGACUGCUGCCGUCCCACCACAACCAGCACCAGUCACAUCAGUCCCAGGGGCACCAGGUUCAUCACCAACACCAUCACCCCUCCAACUCCUGGCCCAUCCACGGCCCCAUCCUCCAGACUUCCAGCGGCCCUGGAGGGCCCUCCCCGCCCGGCCUUAAAUUCCCUCUGCGCCAGGCUCCUGGGCCAGGGAACGGGAACACAGGGCCAGGGGGAUCUUUGGGGGGUGGCAGCCCUAGCCCUAUAAACCUAAACGACCCUAGCAUCAUCUUCGCCCAGCCGGCGGGGAGGCCCAUGGGCCUGGGAGGAGGGCAGGGACGGGACAGGCACUGGCACAACCACCUGGCACAACAGGGGGCAAUGGUGGCUAACGGCACUGUGGGCAAGUCAGACCCAGGCUACAAGACCCAGUUUGGGGGGGUGAGCCAGCAGGGUUCUAGGACCUGGGAGCACAGCAACGCGGCCCACUACUCCCUGUCCCCGUCCUGGCCUUACCGCAUGCCACAGAACUUCAUCCAGCAGGGCAACGGGGGCUACCCACAACCCGGCAAGCCCUUCAUGUCCCAAGGUUCUGUGGUGCACCCCAAUCAGCAUUUCCCGCUCCUCCCCCAUGGACGACAUCACGUCAACCUCAACUACAUCCAGCAGAAGAAAUGAAUUGUGAACUCUGCUCCCAUAGCAUCUUCUUUCAUUUAGGCGUUAUGGUCCUUCACCCUGACAAAACAAAAACUAUAUAAUCUUAACUUUGCAUCAUCUGGUCAAAACUUUUUUAAAUGAAUUUUAUCAUUUUUGUACAGUUUUUACGUGUUUUGUCUCAUUACAUUGAUUUGUGAUACAAAUGUCAAAUAUUUUAAUACCCCCAUUUCUGAAGGGGUCCAAAAAGCGUUUUUAUUUUGUGUAAAGUAAGGAGGUAAAAAUGAUCCUUUAUUUUUAUUAGCUGUGUUCAUACUUUGCUUGCUUAAGGAUAAAAGCUUUGAAUAGACUUUUGUUCAAACAAAAAACAACAUUUGAACAUGCCCAAUCCUAUCAGAUAAUUAUGUAGAGCCAAAAAGACCUAUAGUAAGGGAAAAAAAAUAAGAGAAAAAAACAAAGCCAUAAAAAAUAAAUAAAGUUAAAGCAAACA